AUGAGUCACAAAGAAAAGGUAUCACCGCCGUCUUCGGCAAAGUUGGAAGAGGCUCAAGAGCCUCGAGAUAUUCGGACAGAAUACACGGAUGGAAUCAACGAUCUCUCCGAUGAGCACCGUGACUACCUCCUUCGGAGGCACGGCACUUUAGACCUCGAUCCAAUCCCAGACCCGAGCGAUGCAGACCCAUAUAACUGGUCGCAAAAGAAGAAGGUCGUAAAUUUGCUCUUGGUUGCCUUCCAUGCGAUGAUGGGAACGUUCACGGCGGCAGCAAUCAUGGCUGCUUUCGUGAACAUCGCCAAAGACCUUGAUAUCGAGGUCCAAACCGCCAGUUAUCUCACAUCUCUAGUGAUCGCGAUCCUUGGUGGUGCGCCUCUAUUCUGGAGGCCCUUGUCUCAACGCUACGGUCGACGACCCAUCUUCAUGAUCUCCCUCAUAUGCAGUCUUGUCGGGAACAUUGGCUGCGCCAACUCGCACUCGUACGCGACCAUGGCACUGUGCCGUGCCAUUACGGGCUUCUUCAUCUGCCCUGCCGCCGCUAUCGGGUCCGGUGUCGUGGUUGAGACUUUCUUCAAGGAUGAAAGAGCUCGAUACAUGGGUAUAUGGACUAUUUUUGUGACUCUAGGUGUUCCGGUUGCUCCUUUGAUCUUCGGUUUCGUUGCUCUAAGGGUUGGUUAUCGAUGGAUCUACUAUAUCCUUGCAAUGACCAACGCCGUCCAAUUUAUCCUUUACUUCUUCUUUGGCCCAGAGUCUCGUUAUAUCCGUGGCAGUCAGGCACCCGAAGACGAGAGGAACAAGUCCGACUUCAAGAAACAAUACAUGAGCUUCCGCCGAAUCGACAAGACACCAAUGACCUGGUAUGACUUCGUCGAGCCACUGGUAUAUGCAGCGCGCCCUUGCGUGCUGCUCCCUGCCGUGGCUUAUGCCAUGGAAUUCCUAUGGACCAGCAUAAUGACCACUGUUGAGAUCCCGCAACUGUUUCCCGAGCUCUUCGGUUUCAACACCCAGCAGACCGGUCUGCAGAUGAUCUCCGUCAUCGUUGGUACCAUCGUCGGCGAGCAGAUCGGCGGGCGCUCGUCUGAUAUCUGGAUGUCGAUGCGACGGAAAAAGUUGAACGGUAGAAGCCCCGAGCCAGAGUUCCGCCUGUGGCUGGGCUACUUCGGUUUCGCGUUAUGUAUCAUUGGUGUUAUCGUUUUCCUGGUUCAGCUCUCCAGUGCUGGCCAUACAUGGAACGUCACGCCGCUGAUUGGGGCGGGAAUUGCCGCAGCAGGUAAUCAAGUCGCUACUACCGUGCUUGUGACCUACUCCGUGGACUGCUAUCGUCACGAUGCUGCCAGUGUCGGCGUUUUUAUUACCUUCGUUCGUCAAAUCUGGGGAUUCAUUGGGCCUUUCUGGUUCCCGCAGAGUAUCGAGGAGCUCGGAUAUGGCAAAACAGCUGGAAUAGCAGUUGCCAUGAUGGUUGCUUUCUCUGUCAUCCCGAUCAUGCUUAUCCAGUGGAGGGGACGAGCUUGGAGGUGA